AUGGCCGCGGCCGCCGCGCGCUCCCUCUCCGGGCCCGGCCGCCGGGCGCUGCCGCUGGUGGUGAUCCUGGGAGCCACGGGCACCGGCAAGUCCGAGCUGGCGCUGCAGCUGGGCCUGCGGCUGGGCGGCGAGAUCGUCGGCGCCGACUCCAUGCAGGUGUACAAGGGGCUGGACAUCAUCACAAACAAGAUCUCUCUCCAGGAGCAGGCUUUGUGUAGACACCACAUGAUCAGCUUUGUGGAUCCCUUGGUCUCUAACUACACUGUGGUGGACUUCCGGAACAAAGCAGCGGCCCUGAUUGAAGAUAUAUUUGCUCGAGAGACGAUCCCAAUUGUUGUGGGAGGCACCAACUAUUACAUCGAGUCCCUGCUCUGGAAGGUCCUUGUCGAUACCAAGGAACAUUCGCAGAGGUUUGACUUGGGCGGGCUGAUCUGUGCCCCACAGGAGAAGACCAGCCCUUCCCCUGGGCGAGCAGCCGACCGGAGGGUGGAACUGGAGCAGCUGGACGGCCGCGAGCUCCAUUGCCGGCUGAGCCAAGUGGACCCGGAAAUGGCUGCCAAGCUGCAUCCCCGCAAUAAGCGCAAAGUGGCCAGGAGCCUGCAAGUAUUUGAAGAAACUGGGAUCCCCCAUAGCGAGUUCCUGCAUCGGCAGCGAGAGGAGGAAGGUGGGGGCCCGUUGGGGGGGCCCCUGAAGUACCCAAACUCCUGUAUCCUGUGGCUUUAUGCAGACCAGGCAGCUUUAGAUGAGCGGCUGGACAAGCGGGUGGAUGACAUGGUGGCAGCGGGGCUCCUGGAGGAGCUGCGGGACUUCCACCGGCGUUACAACCAGGAGAAGGUGGCCGAGAACUGCCAGGAUUAUCAACAUGGCAUUUUCCAGUCGAUUGGCUUAAAGGAGUUCCACGAGUACCUUAUCACGGAGGGGAAGUGCCCACAGGAGACCAGCGCCUUGCUGCUGGAGAAAGGGAUCCAGGCCCUGAAACUAGUGACAAAGAGAUACGCCCGGAAGCAGAACAAGUGGGUCCGAAACCGCUUCUUGAGACGCCCUGGACCCAAUGUGCCCCCAGUGUAUGGGUUGGAGGUGUCUGAUCUCUCACAGUGGGAUGAGAAUGUGUUGAAACCUGCCCUUCAGAUUGUGGAGAGCUUCAUCCAGGGGCGGCAGCCAUCGGCAGACCCUGUAAAGAUGGAGAGCGAGAUAAAGGAGGACAAACGGAGUCAUCACAUGUGUGAGCUCUGCAACAGAGUCAUCAUUGGGGACAGAGAAUGGGCAGCUCACACAAAGUCCAAGUCCCACCUCCACCACCUGAAGAAAAGACGGAAGCUGCACUCGAUGCUCAGUGCUGUGGAAAGCCGAGUUAAUGUCACAGAGACUCAAGGAGACCAUGAAGGGACAGAGAACUUGGGACAGGACAGAAACUAGGCUCAAUUCUGCAUCUGCCAACCAGCUGGGGAGCAGGGUCAGCAGCUGUUCUGCCCCCGAUGGAAUCAAGAUUGAAUGGAGCAGAGCCCAGGAAGGGUCUGGGGAUAAGCUGGGUGUCUUGCUUUCAGCAUCCUGCUGUAGGCAAGAGCGUAUCCUCUUCACCCGGCACGAAUGGGGCGAGGAUCCCCAAACUUCUCCAGCCCAGCCUGAAAACGGCUGAACCUCCAAGCAAGCGCCUCAGGAGCAACCGAGCUGAGUUGUGUUUUUAAUUCUAGGCAGUGACACAGCAUCCCAGCCUUGGGGUUUGAUCUAGUUUGCUGGCAUUUGAGUGAGGCGUUCUCAGGGACAGAAAGACUGUGUUCAUACCAGCCUUGGCCAAAAGAUUAGAGCCACCUACUAGUGAAUUCUCACUACCUUGAUUUAUUUUUUAUGGAGGCUUUUUUUUUUUUUUUUUUUACAUCUAAAUAAAGUAGAAACGUUGGCGCUCUCUUGUUGGUGAAAAUGAUUAGCCCUCCGGUUUGGUAGCUCCAAUCUGUUCCAGGCUUCCCUGAGCUGCAAGUGACCCCAGGUCCAGCCCUUUUCUCCAGACAUGUGUUCUGCAGAGCCUGAGGAAGCUGCGCACCUACGCUUUGUGUGCUGGGGGCAGAAGGUAGUCUUAUCUCUCUGCAUAUUGCAGGCGGUGAAAGCACCAGCACCUGUUAGACAGCACCUUUGAAAUGAUCUUGACAAUGGGCUAGAACUAAAAUCCCUGGAGUUGACAACAGGUGAGUCUGUCCUAGCUAAACCCUGAUUCCCAGGGGUUUAUACCGUGGUUGGACAUCCAUUGAUGCUUGGAGAUCAGAGCCGUGCUUGGAGCAGAUGUACUCCUGUGGGUUUCUAUGUGGUAGUGAAUGCAUCUGAGCUUCAUUCUGAUGGAUCAAAGAGAGAUCCAGCUACCCUGCCUUAUUUCCCUGUGUAAAAACCAUUCUGUCUUCAGACCGGGCUUGUGGGAUUCUUGUUGCAAAGGGAGCAGACUAUGUUUUGGCUCAGGUUUCUCCCAUGGGGCUUCUAGCCUUCAAAGCACAAGGUGUUCCUGCAGCUGCCACAGAAUCACUGAAUGUGGCCAGGAUGAGAUGAAUGCCCCAGGGCUCUGCUCACUUGGGAAUGGAUUGAAUUACUAAAAAAGUCUCUCUGCACAGAUUCCCCAUCGCAGGCUCUGGGGAUGGAUCUUUGGUUGGGGAUUAGGCUGAAUUGCCGGGACGUGCUCUCUGGGUCCCCUAUGUUUAAUUGUUUCUGUAAUGCCCUGAAAAGCAGCAUCGUUGAUUUGUUUGACCCACUGGGGGUAGCUCAGUCAAGCUAAAUCCAGGGAGAAGUUGCAAAUAACAUGUCACUCUUUUGCCCUGGAAUCAGCAAGGACUGAACGCCGGCGUUGAAACCUUCAGACGCUGCUAUUUUGUAAGGACUCUUCCCCUCCCCCCUCCCUGUCUUCCCAGCCAG